AUGAGUUACAGAGGCGACAACAGAGGCAGGGGUGGACGAGGUGGCCCCGGGGACAGAGGGGGUCGUGGUGGACCUCCUGAUCGUGGUGGACCUCCUUCUGGUCGUGGUGGACCUCCUUCUGGUCGUGGUGGACCUCCUUCUGGUCGUGGUGGACCUCCUUCUGGUCGUGGUGGACCUCCUUCUGGUCGUGGUGGUCCUCCCCCAGGUGGUCGUGGUGGCUUCCAGGACAGAGGGCGGGGUGGGCCGAGAGAGUAUGGCGGUGUCUUUGCACAGAACGUGCCCGCCAAUAUCGAUCAACGCAUCGCAGACAAGUCAGACGACGCCCUGGUGGCCUCCUUCAAGCAACUCUCCGUUGGGGACGGUCCUACAGACCUCCCUCUUCGUCCUGGCUUCGGCACUGUGGGCACACAGGUCAAACUGAGAAGCAAUUUCUUCCCAGUUCGUGUCCCAAAGGGCCCUCUCUUCGAAUAUGAUGUUAGUAUUGCACCAGCGGCAGGUACAGCUGCCCGCCGUGUCAAGCGCCGCAUCUUCCAGCUCGCAGAACAGACCCCAGAUUGGGCAUCUGCAGGCAUGCGAGGCACCGUUGCUCACGACAAUAGCGCAAAAUUAAUUGCAGCAAAUUCACUACCUCAGCCACUUGCCAUUAGGGUGCCUUAUUAUGAUGAAGACGAAAGUGGACCCCCUGAGACAGGAGGAAAGGAGUAUACACUCACUAUAAAAUUCAUACAAGAAAUAGAGACUAGAAGUUUAUUAAAUUAUCUCGCAGGACAACCGCAGUAUAAAGGAUACGACAUUCUUCCUGUUAUCGCAGCCCUCAAUGUCAUUCUCGCUGCACACCCUCAACGUGGUGGCGUAGUCGUAGGCCGUAAUCGUUACUUCUUUCGUGCUGCGGCACCGCCCGUACCCCUUGGAGGCGGGCUCGAAGCAUGGAAAGGAUUCUAUUCCUCAGUGCGCCCAGCGCACAAACAAUUGAUGGUCAACGUCAACGUCUGCACUACUGCAUUUUACACUCCUGGUAACUUAGCGGAUGCAUUGAUAGCGUUUCGUGAGGCGAGCUUCAGUGCUAAUCCGAGCGCGUUCGUCAGACAUUUAAGGGUGAAGACCACACACCUAGGUUAUCGUAAGACAGUCAAGGCUCUCUCUCGUCAGAAUGCAAAACAAUAUCGUUUUCCCUGCGAAGAGCUGGGCGGACAAGUUACAGUUGAACAGUAUUUCCUAGCCAAAUACAGCAUCAGAUUGAGACGUCCAGAGUUACCAUUAGUUGACGUGGGUGGGAAAAACAAGAAUUACCUUCCCCCCGAAGUCUGCGAGAUACUCCCAGAUCAGCCCUACCGAGGAAAACUAACGGAAGAGCACACGGCUGCAAUGAUCACCGCGGCUUGCAAACCGCCAAACGUGAAUGCGAAUGCAAUAGUCACACACGGUCUGAACGAACUGGGUUUCCGCCUUACUGCUGGCCCCUCCCUCUUGGGGGCCUUUGGGAUCAGCAUAGGUAACGAGAUGGCCGUAGUGCCGGGGCGAAUCCUUCCUUCUCCCGGGCUCACCUAUAGCAAUGCUCCUGCCCAAAUAGAUGAACGGGCAUCGUGGAAUAUGCGCAGCGUGCGUUUCACCGUGGGCGGACGGCUAGAGCGUUGGGUGGUGCUUCUGGUGCAGGACGGUGGACGCGACGAGUUUCGUGGAACGAACGAUCCUGAGCUACGCAAUGUGAUCAAAGGCUUCCGUGAUAUGUGCUCGAAAAGUGGUAUUACCGUAGAUCGCCAGGACCCUGCGUUCGUUGCCGUUCAACUUCCACCGAAGAACCGCGGAGACACGAUGCGGCGUGAGGCCAUAACUGCUAUCAGAAAUGCGCUGGUCAGCGUCAAGCCCAAGCCUAAUAUGGUAUUAGCGAUAUUGUCAAGCGGCGACCAUGCUAUAUAUGAGGGUUUCAAACACUUGUGCGAUGCCUACCUGGAUGUAGCGACGGUGUGUGUGCAGUCAUCGAAGAUUAGGAAGGAGAAGGGGCAGAUGCAGUACUACGCGAACGUUGCUUUGAAGGUGAAUAUGAAGAUGGGCGGUGUAAAUCACAAAUUGGACGACAGGAGUGGGAAAUGGCUCAAAGAGGCGCCUACGAUGAUAGUCGGGAUGGAUGUGACGCACCCUGGUCCAGGUAGUGUCAAGGGGACUCCAUCCAUUGCAGCGGUUGUUGCAAGUGUCGACAGCCACUAUGCGCAGUACCCAGCAAGUAUGGAAUUACAGGAGACAAAGAAGGAGAUGAUCACGAACCUUGCUCAAAUGAUGGUGGAACGAUUAACCCUGUGGAAAUCGCGCAAUGGCAACAAGCUGCCUGAACGCGUUCUUGUAUAUCGUGAUGGUGUAUCAGAGGGACAAUUUCCUAUCGUACGCAUAGAUGAGCUUCCUGAGAUCAAGAAAGCUUUCCGUAAAUUCGACACGCCUCAAAAGCCAUACAAACCUAAGCUUACCAUUGUCGUGUGCGGCAAGCGUCACCACACUCGCUUUUACCCCACCGAACCGAGUGCCGCAGACCGAGAUGGCAAUCCUCGCCCUGGGACAGUGGUCGAUCGCGGUGUGACAGCUGUAUACGAAUUUGACUUCUUCUUGCAAGCACAUGGUGGUCUGCAGGGGACAACGAGACCCACACACUAUUACGUAGUGCAUGAUGAGAUCAAGUUUGGUGCGGAUGAGCUGCAGGGCUUGACGAACAACCUGAGCUAUAUAUUUGCGCGUGCAACGAAGGCUGUGAGCCUUGUCUCCCCCGCAUACUACGCCGAUAUGGCAUGUGAUCGUGGGAGGUGCUACCUGCGCCAGUUGCUGCAGGGAGUCUUUGGCGAUGGCACCGCGACAGCGACCAGUGGUGGAAGUGCGACAGAGGACGAGGUACGACGUGAGGCCGAACGGCUGUGGCACGGAGGCGUGUCUGGCGACAAGUUGAAGGAUACGAUGUUUUAUCUAUAAGUGUGUGUGGAUGAGUUUGUAUCUAGUGUGUAUCUCUCCCCCAGAAAGGUGGUGAUGGUGGGGGGUUGGGCGAUACGAAGGAAUUUUCUUGUAUUUCUUAUCGAUAGACGCUGGUCACUGUACUUCUCUUCUCUUCCUUUUGUGUAAAAUUAUCUAUGUGUACGUGUGUACUGAAAGUCAUGGGAUCUUGGAGCUGGAUAUGUAAUACCGAUAUUGAUUUGAUGUACGUCUUCUUGAUUUUCUUAGUUACAACAUUAUGAAUACAGUUUGUAUUUCGAGUUCACUGCUGCC